GGGAGUCAGAGGACUGAAACUGCCAGUGACCCAGCCCCGUAGAAAAAGAAAAACUCAGUGAGAAGAUCCUUAAUGAGGAGCAGAGAGUGGGUCUGAGAAGUUCUUGCGAUCUGUUGGCUCACAAGGGCAUGGGGCUUUCCCUCACUGCAUCCUAAGACACCAGAGCAGAGAGUGAGUCUCCCUUUGUGACCAGAAGCCAUGGAUUCCACCUUUUCUUUUGGGGUGAUCCUUGCUACCUUGGCCUGCCUCAUCAUCGCAACCAACGCACUGGUGGCUGUGGCAGUGUUUCUGCUGAUCCAUAAGACUGACAGCAUAAGCCUCUGCUUCACCUUGAAUCUGGCUGUGGCUGACACCCUCAUCGGCGUGUCCAUCUCCGGCCUCAUCAAUGACCAGCUCUCCGGUCCACCCCAUUCAACACAGAGGGCCCUGUGCAGCCUUCGUAUGGCCUUCGUCACCUCUUCCUCGGCAGCCUCAGUCCUCACCGUGAUGCUGAUUGCCUUUGACAGGUACCUGGCCAUCAAGAGGCCCUUCCGCUACUUCCGGAUCAUGAGCGGGCCGCUGGCUGGGACCUGCGUGGCUGGGCUCUGGUUGGUGUCCUACAUCAUUGGCUUCCUCCCAGUGUGGGUGCCCUUCUUCCAGCAGGGCACAUACCAAGGCCCUUGCAGCUUCUUUGCCGUGUUCCAUCCCCGUUUCAUCCUGACGCUGUCCUGUGGGGGGUUCUUCCCGGCCCUGCUGCUCUUUGUCUUCUUCUACUGUGACAUGUUCAAGAUUGCCUCCCUGCACACCGAGCAGAUCCGCAAGAUAGAGCAUGCAGGAGCCCCAGAAGGCCAUUGUCCUUCCCCCAGGGUUGCUGGGGACCUCAAGGCCCUCCGAACUGUGGCUGUACUCAUUGGGAGCUUCACACUGUCCUGGGCCCCGUUCCUCGUCACUGGAAUUGUGCAGGCUGUCUGCCAGGAAUGCCAGCUCUACAAGUACCUGUGGCUGCUUGGUGUGGGCAACUCUCUCCUCAAUCCGCUCAUCUAUGCCUACUGGCAGAAAGACGUGAGGACACAGCUCUACCAGAUGGCUGUGGGAAUGAAAAAGAAAUUUGUUCUGCUUUUCUUCCUCAUCUUCCCCCAGGAUCCUGGUCCAGGGGAACCCAGGGAAAGUUCCUGCCAUAUCGUCACCAUCUCCCAUGCCCACCUGUAGGGCUGAGACGGUAAGGGCAGAGAAGCUUGCAAAUAUCCCUGGGGUCAAGUUCUGGCUCUGCCAUUUCCUCACUCUGUGCCCUCAAGCAGGUCCCCUUCCCCCCUCUGAGAACACGGCAGAUGAUUUCUUGGGCUCCUUCCACCUUUGACAUCCUAUGACUCCCUGUACGUCUUAAGGUCCCUCUCCAGGUCUAACCUCCUGUGAUUCUGUAAAACACUCUUCCUUCCCUCCUCCCCUGGCCCUUGAACUGGAAAGGCCAGAAGCUAUAUCCACUCAAGCCGGGGAAAGAAACCCCACUGUCAGUAUCUUCAGUCUAGCUGAGGCAGGGUCCCCCGACCUCUGCCCCUCCAAAUCCCCCCAUUGGGAAAAAAAGCCUCCUGUCCCCUAAGCCAUCAGUUGGGAUAAGUCAGUUUCUCCUCCUGUCUAGGGAGAGUGUCUGAUCAUUCUGUGCCCCUGGAAAGUUGGGUAUAAAUCAAAUGUUACUUCAAAGGAUCCUUGUAUGGAACAAGGAUCACCCUGGGUUUAUCUUCCCAAUUGAUAUUUUCAUAUUGUGGAUUUGUAUUUGUAUAAGAAUAUUUGUACCAGCAACCUAUCCCCAGGUUUCUCCCAAGUACUGUGCCCAACCUCGUGGUAUUCAGAAAAGUGUCUCCUUGGGGCAAACUUGAUUCCCCCAAGCGUUUGUCCCCUUUCCCAUUUCUGUCUCUUUCCUCUGUGACUAAGGAGCAGGUACCUGAGAUGUUUCCUGCCUGCUUCCCACCCACAUCAGCGAUAUGUAGCUGGUGGGUCCUCAAUAAAUGCUUGUUACC